CGCGUGUGGCGGGGAGGGAUGCGGCGGUGGUUUUCACGGCGCUGGCGGGGCUGGCCUUGGUCGCCGCAAUAGUUUUCACUGCGCGUAGGUAAAUGCCUAGUCAAAGAGAGAAAAAAACAAUUCCACUCUGACGGAUACUAGCUAUAGCAGCGAAACCCUAGAUAGAUGAAAUUUGAGAAAGUGAGAGAGUAGAGAUUUGUGAGUGUUGAAAUAGAUGAAAGCUCUGAGACGAAGUCACACUUCGUCGUCAUCGUCUUCGAAUUCCAAUUCGAAGUCGAAUUCCUCUCCUUCUUCAUCGUGGAUUCAUUUGCGUUCGGUUCUGUUCGUUGUUGCUUCUUCCUCACCGGCUUCUUGUUCUUCCUCUGAUCGGGGUCGGCUCAAGUCACCAUGGUCACGCAGGAAAAGAAAACAUGCCCUUUCACCUCAGCAAUGGAGAAGUUUGUUUACACCAGAUGGGAAGUUCCGUGAUGGUGGAGUUAAGUUUUUGAAAAAAGUUCGCAGUGGAGGUGUUGAUCCAAGUAUUAGGGCAGAUGUUUGGCCUUUCCUCUUAGGAGUCUAUGAUUUGAACAGCUCAAAAGAAGAAAGAGAUAAUAUAAGAACUCAGAAAAGAAAGGAAUAUGAUAAACUUCGGAGACGAUGCCGACGACUUCUAAAACAUAGCAAAGAGGGCUUUAAUUUGAAUGAAGUUGGUAGAAUCAGCUGUGAUGGGUACAGUGGGACUCUCACUCAAGAUACAGAUUCUCCUAGCUCUGAAGAUGUGGUUAGUGCCAGGGAGUCCCUUUCUAGUGAGGAAAGGAGCCCUGAUAUUGAAUACUCUGACGGACACUCUAGUGCACGGUUGGGAGAUGAUAGUGCAAGGCAAAUCCCAAUUGCUGAUGCCUCGACACUAGACACUGACUCAUCAGACUCGGACUCCUCUGAAGAACCUGAAGUGAGUCAGACUUUCCCCUCAAUGGAAGGAACGGAAGAGAAUGAUCCUGACAUGACUUCCAAGGAGGAUUCUUCUCCCUCGAUGACAGAGGUCUCUUCAAAACUCCACAAUAAUGAAGAUUUUUCCUCAUGGCAGCGGAUCAUCCGCCUUGAUGCUGUACGUGCCAAUUCAGAGUGGAUACCUUGGUCCCCAUCUCAAGCUGCAAUCUCCGAGGGCAGGGCACGCCGUUCAGCAGAGGCUGUGGGGCUAAAGGAUUAUGAUCACCUAGAGCCAAGCAGGAUUUUCCAUGCUGCUCGACUGGUUGCUAUUCUUGAAGCAUAUGCACUGUAUGACCCUGAAAUUGGCUACUGCCAGGGCAUGAGUGAUCUUCUCUCUCCAAUACUUGCAGUGAUGUCAGAGGAUCAUGAGGCAUUCUGGUGUUUUGUAGGUUUCAUGAGGAAGGCUCGGCAUAAUUUUAGGCUUGAUGAGGUGGGAAUCCGAAGGCAACUUAACAUUGUUUCAAAGAUUAUCAAGUGCAAGGACUCUCAUCUUUACAGGCACUUAGAGAAGCUCCAGGCUGAGGAUUGUUUUUUCGUUUAUAGGAUGGUGGUCGUACUAUUUAGGAGGGAAUUAACAUUUGAACAGACCAUUUGCCUUUGGGAGGUAAUGUGGGCAGAUCAGGCGGCUAUCAGGGCUGGAAUUGCUAAGUCUGCAUGGGGCAGGAUAAGGCAGAGAGCCCCGCCUACAGAUGAGCUAUUACUUUAUGCAAUUGCAGCUUCUGUAUUGCAAAAGAGGAAGUUGAUUAUUGAGAGGUAUAGCAGCAUGGAUGAGAUUAUAAGGGAGUGUAAUAGCAUGGCGGGGCAUCUUGAUGUGUGGAAGCUCCUAGAUGAUGCGCACGACUUGGUGGUGAACCUCCAUGACAAGAUUGAGACAUCCUUCUGAUGGCUGCCCAAAAUUUUCUACUUAUUUAUUUGACUGCGAUUCUCUCUGGAAUCUUGAUAAAAGUAUUUUUAGGCUCUGCAUGAAAACAAGCACCCGAGGUGUGCUGUAGAGGAUCCAAGUGGGGAAGUUACAUUGCUCACUCACUUUCAAGGCUCCGUUUAGUGAUGGUGGCAAACAUUUAAUAGAUGAAUUAUUUAGAUGUAUUACAUUACAUUGUAUGCACCCCUUUUUCUGAGCCUCCUAAGGAAAGAAUUUGAUAAUGUGAUCCCCAUAAAUAGGGUUUUUUGUUUUUUA